CACCUUGUUAAUAAUUAAUUUCCCUCAAUCCUCAUCCCUUCGUGGUGUAUAUAUAACACAAACUACACCUCUCCAUUUGCUCACUAAUAUUAUUCCGUUCAUACAAAAGAAAAACAAGACCAGAUGGGAAAUUGCAUAAGGCAUGAAUCGUCUAUGUGGGCAGGAGAGGAUUGGGGGUGUCUAGCAAAUGGAAUGAACGGUGACAGUUAUUGCGAUGCUGAUCAAGCGAACAUAAAGAUCAUGAAGAGGAAGAAGAACCAGAUUGAAGAAGCAAGCCAGAGGGAUUCAUGUUGUUCUACAACAACAACAACUCGUAACAGUAGUAAAAUUGGUGCAGCAACAAAGGUGAAGGUCAAGAUCACAAAGAAGCGGUGGGAAGAGUUGUUGGGAAAGGUGGAGUUUAAGCAAACGUCAGUUGAGCAGGUUUUGGCUCAGUUGAUUAGGGUUAGUGAUGGCUAUGAGACCCAGUUGCAAAGGUCUUGGAGGCCUGCUCUUCAAAGCAUUCCUGAGGUCAAUUAAUUUUGCCUUUAGUAUAUGUUAAUUAUGUGGUUUUUGUUAAUAUACAUGUUCCAAAGGGAAUAUCAAAGGGGGGGAUGUGGAGAAGAGUAAUUAGCAAUUUCUUAACAUAUUUUGUUCAAUAUUAACGUACAUACUCUAGAAUUCAGAAA